CCACCCCACUCCACCAUCUCUCCCCCUCGAUCUCCUCUCCUGUGACCUCACGGGUCACUAGAGGCCAGGCCACUGCGGUUACCAGCGCCGAGCGGCAGCGGCAGCAAUGGCGGCGUCGCCGGUGCUCAACGCGUCACCACUCCUCCAGCUGCUGCGCUCCGUAUGCGUCCUCCUCCUCGCCGCGUCGGCGACGGUGGCCGGGCGCCACCACUCCGCGCCGGCGGCGUCCAGGAACGGGCAGAGCACGUACCUUGCGCCCAACUGCCGAGCGCACACGGCGUCGCUGGCGGACUUCGGCGGCGUUGGCGACGGCACGACGUCCAACACUGCGGCGUUCCGUUCGGCGGUGGAUCACCUGUCGCAGUACUCUGGCGAGGGCGGCGGCGGCGCCAUGCUGUACGUGCCGGCGGGGAAGUGGCUGACGGGGCCCUUCAACCUGACGAGCCACUUCACGCUCUUCCUUCACAGCGACGCCGUCAUCCUCGGAUCCCAGGAUAUCAGCGAGUGGCCGAUCAUCGACCCCCUGCCUUCGUAUGGAAGAGGGAGGGACAAGAUUGGAGGUCGCUACGCUAGCCUCAUCGGCGGAUCCAACCUCACCGACGUCGUCAUCACCGGCAAUAACGGCACGAUCGACGGUCAGGGCGCGCUGUGGUGGUCCAAGUUCCACAGUAACAAGCUCAAGUACACGCGGGGCUACCUGAUCGAGGUCCUGUGGUCGGACACGGUGUUCAUCUCGAACGUGACGCUGCUCAACUCGCCGGCGUGGAACAUCCACCCAGUGUACAGCAGCAACAUCGUGGUGCAGGGCGUGACGAUCCUGGCCCCGACGCACUCCCCCAACACGGACGGCAUCAACCCCGACUCGUGCUCCCACGUCCGCAUCGAGGACUGCUACAUCGUCUCCGGCGACGACUGCGUGGCCAUCAAGAGCGGGUGGGACGAGUACGGCAUCGCCUACGGCAUGCCCAGCCAGCACAUCGUGGUCCGCCGGCUGACGUGCGUGUCGCCGACGAGCGCCGUCAUCGCGCUAGGCAGCGAGAUGUCGGGCGGCAUCCGGGACGUGCGCGCCGAGGACAUCGCCGCCGUCAACUCCGAGUCGGGCGUGCGGAUCAAGACCGCCGUGGGGCGGGGUGCCUACGUGCGGGACGUGUUCGUGCGGCGGAUGACGCUCCAGACCAUGAAGUGGGUGUUCUGGAUGACGGGAAACUACAAGUCCCACCCGGACGACAAGUUCGACCCCAGCGCGGUGCCUGUGGUGGAGGGCAUCAGCUACCAGGACGUGGUGGCCACCGGGGUGUACAAGGCGGCGGCGCGGCUCGAGGGCAUCCAGGGCGCGCCAUUCCGGGGCAUCUGCCUCGCCAACGUUACGGCGGAGUUGGACAAGUCGAGGAAGUACCCCUGGACCUGCACCGACGUGGAGGGCGUGUCGGCCAAUGUCACCCCGGCGCCGUGCGAGGCGCUGCAGGGCGCGCCGCACGACGGCGACGGCGCCUGCCCCUUCCCGACGGACACGCUGCCCAUCGACCAGCUCACCCUGCAGCAGUGUGCAUACGACGUCCCGUCCUCUCCCGGCGGCGGCGGCAACUAGCUAGCAGCCUGGCUGCUCGAUGUACAAGCAGCAGCAGCAGCUACUUACUAAUAGUAGUCUGAUCUGAAACAAUAAGGAAGGAAGGAUGGCGUGCGCGUGCUGCUUAAUUUAGUUUGGAUGCUCCCUCGUACUCUGUGCUGCGAGUUGUACGCUCGGUUUGCUAACAUGUACUCCAAUGUUACAUGUCUCAACUCUGACGAAUUCUAUGAAGCAAGCAAGCAAGCAAGAAAAAACUACUAUUUUUUUAA